AUGGCCACUGACGUCGAGAACUGCAGGCUUCACACCAUUCGACUCCACCUUCAAGAACUCCAGGAGAUCACCGAACGCCGUUAUCUAGAGGGAAUAUCCGAGGAGAACCCGUGGCUUACGGAAGAUUAUGCACUUGCACUUCAGCUUCAGGCCGAGUUCAUGAGCGAUCGUGUGGCCGAUGAAAUUGACGAGUUCAUGGUUGACAAGUCAGACGAACCUGGGAAGGAUUCCACGCCACCAACGCCUGGUCCCGGUAAUUCAGCCCCAAACCCAUCGCUUUCUACGUCCACGCAAGAAGUGGUCCCGUCGGAUGACCUGAAUCACCGCCUCAACACGAUAGAUGUCGCCCACAAUGCGCAGAUGCUCGAGGUCCUGAAGCGUAUCGAUCACAUCUCAGCGAUUCUGGGAGCAUGUAACGAGGUCAUCCAGGAGCAAUGUGCUACCAGCAGCGCUGUAUGUAGUCGUGUCGAUGAGCUCACGCGCAGUUACAACACGGUGAUCGAGGCUCUCAACUCGAGCUUGAAUCAACAGUUCAAUGAAAACCAGAGUGUACGUGGUGAGGUCCUGGAACUCAGGGAGAUGGUACAGAGUCUUCGUCGGGCGGUUGCCAAUGCGAGUGGCGAUAACGACAGGGAUGUUUUAGCACCAAAUGCCAACGCCAGGUCAGGGGGUACUUCCCAGCACCGGAUUUCGACGGCUUCAGCGAAUACUUGUGCCAUCACGUCGCAACGAACAGGGACUAAUCGCAACCUACCUUCGGUUCCCGCACUGGUUAACGGCGGGUACCCAGUACGAGUUGAUCCUGUAAGGUUCGGUCGUAGCACAAACUACGACACGAUGGCACGAAAAAUCGUAAAGUCUGUAUAUCGCCCUUCCGGACUUUCUGCACGACUGCGAGGCUAUAGAGAAGGACCUACCACCCUUCUCUUGAUGUGGAAGACAGAAGUAGAUGCCAGGACAUUCUUCGAAGCCUGGCAUGAGGUCGACCACGAAGAUGAGUGGGCUGAUGUCUCGGUCUCGUUAGAUUUUUUGAUUUAA